AUGCCUCGCACAUUGCGAGGGCCUAUCCCGCACUAUGUACUUGCAGUGCUCCCUCCAUGCAACUUCCUGACCCUCCAUUAUGCGUAUUUCAUCGCUACUGGACUGAUAGCAAGCAUCAUCUUCUAUCUCACAUCGACGCCAUGGCGGAGCGUCGCCUAUAUCGACUCCCUGUUCAUGUGCGUUAGCGCUAUGACCGGUGCGGGACUGAACACGGUUGAUCUGUCAACGCUGAACAGCUUCCAGCAAGCAAUCUUGUUCCUAAUGUUGAUCAUGGGCCAUGCCGUGCUGAUUUCCCUCACUGUUCUAGUCGUGCGCAAGAGAGCGUUCGAGGCCAAGUUCAAAGGCGUCUCAGAUGACCGUAAACAAAAGCAAGCUUCUCGGCUUGCUUCGGUAAUUGAAUUGCAACCCGGAGACCGGGAUCUUGCCCACGGAAGCUCUGGAAUCGAUGUACCAGAUGAAAGCGACCAGCGCUGCAAGCCACGACCCAAGUCAGCAGUAACUGUCAAGGAGACACCGGGGAGUCCAACUCCCGAAGAACCAUGGGUGGAUGACGACCAAAUCACCGUCGGCGGCACAGUUCGCCACCAUCACCACCGCGUCUUCCCUAUGGCUGGGAUCGGCGCCAGACCAGAUCUUAAUAACCAUCCCCGGGACGCGGCGCCCAAUGUACCGCUUUACGCCGAGGAGUCGGUUUCCGGACUCAAAGGUGUCCUCCGCGGUACGCAGAAGUAUAUCGCGAAGGGCCUCAUAUCCCGCAACUCCCAGUUCCACGAUCUCACUGCUGCUGAGCGCGAAGAACUGGGUGGAGUGGAGUACAAGGCUGUUUCGUUCCUGUCGGUCGUUGUAUUUCUCUAUUUCGUUAUGUUCAUUCUAUGCGGCAUCAUUGGGAUGGGUGGAUGGCUAGAAGCUAAUCAUCCUGAAGUGACGCGCUCGAAUGGACUCUCGCCGUUUUGGACGGGUGCUUUCUUUGCUGUUUCGGCUUUUGUGAAUAGUGGCAUGUCGUUGCUGGAUGCGAACAUGACUGCUUUGCAGCUUAAUGCUUAUCCGCUUUUGACCAUGGGAUUCCUGAUCCUCGCGGGAAAUACCCUCUACCCUUGUUUCCUGCGCUUCAUUAUCUGGACCAUGAGGGUUAUGUUACCCGAUCGACCGAGGUGGCAAUCGUGGCGCAUUACCCUCGAUUUCAUCCUGGAACACCCUCGGAGGGUUUAUACGAACCUUUUCCCUGCCCGCCACACGUGGUAUCUGCUCGGCACAAUCAUCAUCCUGAACGGUAUUGACUGGGCAGGAUUCGAGCUACUGUCCAUUGGAAACAAGGACAUCGAGAGUCUCCCUACAGAAUACCGUGUAUUGGACGGAUUGUUCCAAGCCCUAGCGGUGCGAGCUGGUGGCUUUUACGUUGUAACCAUCGCCGACCUUCGCCAGGGUCUCCUGGUCCUCUAUGUACUCAUGAUGUACGUCUCCGCGUACCCAGUAACGCUCACAAUACGGCAAGUCCCCCACCGAACGAAAGCAACCCACUCUAACAGCAACAGCAACACGAACGUGUAUGAAGAGCGCUCCCUAGGAAUCUACGCGCACGACGAAACCCCUGACUCCCCCGCAAACACAAGCCGCAGCAACGUCUUCAUGGAUCUCAUCCGCCACCACCUGGGCCGACCAGGCCCCCACGAGACAUCGCGCGGGUACUUCGUGCACCAGCAGCUGCGGUCGCAGCUGAGCCACGAUCUGUGGUGGAUUGCACUGGCGGUGCUGUUCAUCGCGAUUGCGGAGUCGGACCACUACGCGAACCAGCCUGUGGCGUUCUCGACGUUCAAUGUUAUUUUCGAGGUUGUUUCUGCAUACGGCUGUGUUGGUGUCAGUCUUGGGUUCCCUGGGAAGAAUUACUCAUUCUGUGGCGCUUGGCAUGUUGUUAGUAAAUUGAUUCUUGUGGCAGUUACGUUGCGGGGGCGGCAUCGUGGGCUGCCGGUUGCUAUUGAUAAGGCGGUUAUGUUGCCCAGUGAGUCUUUGGCUUGGGCGGAGGAGGAAGAUGCUGUUUUGAGAAGGGAGAGGUCCAGGGCUUGGGCUCAGGAGCGUGGGCCUGUUGGGGUUGUUUAG